CUCUAACUCAUGUUUAGUCCAACAGGGAUAAUGCUCGGAGCUUGAAAGAGUAAACCGCAAUUUCCUCCAGUGUGUGUGUCUGCAUUUGAGCUACUUUUUUGGCAGAAAAUCAUGUUAAGAAUGGGUUUGAGAAACAAUUCCUACAUUUCAUAUUCAAGGGCUUUGUUUGCUGAGAGCUUCCACAGGUUCUUGUCUACUCAGACUGGAGGGAAGCUACAAGACAAGGUUGCGCUGAUCACAGGCGCAGCUAGUGGAAUAGGAAAAGCCACAGCUACAAAAUUCAUCAAUAAUGGAGCCAAGGUUAUUAUUGCUGAUAUUGAUCAAGAGCUUGGCCAAGAGACUGCAAAAGAACUAGGACCUAAUGCUACUUUCAUAGCAUGUGAUGUUACUCAAGAGUCAGACAUUUCCAAUGCUGUUGAUUUGGCCGUUUCUAAACACAAACAACUUGAUAUCAUGUACAACAAUGCAGGAAUAGCCUGCAGAAGUCCUCUAAGCAUUGUUGACUUGGACCUGGAACUGUUUGACAAAGUCAUGGACAUAAAUGUUCGUGGCGUUGUGGCAGGCAUCAAGCAUGCAGCACGUGUAAUGAUCCCACGUGGAAGUGGGUCCAUUCUCUGCACAGCAAGUGUCACAGGUGUGAUAGGAGGGGUGUCACAACACACUUACUCAAUAUCCAAGUUUGCAGUUGUGGGCAUUGUUAAAUCUCUGGCUUCUGAGCUAUGCAGGCAUGGAAUCCGGGUCAAUUGCAUAUCACCUUUUGCCAUCCCCACUCCUCUUGUCAUGGGAGAAAUGAGUCAGAUAUAUCCUCAUGUUGAUGCUCAGAGACAUGAGGACAUUGUUCACAAUGCUGGUGUCUUAAAGGGAGCAAAUUGUGAACCCAAUGAUAUUGCUAAUGCUGCACUUUUCCUUGUGUCUGAUGAUGCCAAAUAUGUUAGUGGACACAACUUGGUUGUGGAUGGAGGUUUCACAUCUUUUAAGAAUUUGGACUUGCCUGCACCAAAUCAAGUGCAGUAGGAGUUUGUACAAAUUAUAUUUUAGAUAAAGGUAACAAUGUUAAAAUUAAGUAAUUCAAUAAGAGUGAGUCAAUUGAAUUUA